AAUCAAUUUAAAUUUCACUCCACCAUACAUAUAUACAUUACACAGCACUCAAACACACAUUCUACUACAGCCUCUCUCUCUCUCCCCCCCACCCCUGCAAGUCCACAGUAUUUUGUUCUCUUGCUCUGUCUUCCUCUACAUUCUCUUGAUCACCGUACCAUGAAUGCCUGUAGAUCAGAAGAUAAUUCAUACUGUUAUUUCCAUCCCAAAGAGGUUUUUGUUGGGAUUUGUCCAUUAUGCUUGAAUGAGAGGCUCCUCAUAUUGGCAACGAAGCAAGGUAGCCUUUCUGCAGCGAGAGAAACUCAUAGGAAUGAAGGUACAGCACACAGGAAGCCACCCAUCAACCUUACAAAGAUUUUUGCUUUUGGUUAUUUGCUAAAUCGGUUUGAAUUUCGGCACGGGAAGUCUGAUAACUCUGACCAAGACGCUGCCUACACCAGUCAAGAAGCUUUUGCAGACUCCUUUAUAUCGAUUAAGUUUGAAGACAAUGGUGCUGCCUUGUGGGAGAAAGGCACAGUUUCUAAGGUCUCUAUCGAGCCUUGCAGCAAGUCAUGGAAUCAAAAUCUCAACAAGGAAGCCAAACAAGGCAAAGACACUAAGGAGGCCAUGACUGUGAUAGAGCAUGCAAAACCGCAUGCCUCACUAAGGUGGCGAAGGAGGAUUGGUCAUAUGUUCCAGCUAAUCAGAAGGAAGAGAUCAUCCAACAAAGGACAUAUGUGCAAUGUGGGCACCGAGGUGGAGGGAGUCAAGGUGAGGAAGGGCUGGAUAAGGACCCUGACAAAGAGAAGAACCAAAGAAUAAAGAGAACUCUAUAGAAAGGGACACCUGCCUUUUCCACCACACCGUCCUCUUUGUGGGUUGAGGUUCAUUCUGGACUGUAAAGUUCUAUAUUAUUGAGAUGGUAGAGUCAAAAUAGCUCCAUCAAGUGUUUAAAAAAGUGCUUGGCUUUGAGAUUCGCGGGGUUCUUUAUUUUUUCCAUGUUUAUAAACAGUACAGGCUGUAAGAGAUUCGGUGCAAUGUGCUUUUGCUUCACCAUUUGCGUUGAUGAUAUUGAACAUACCUAAUAGAGAGAGAGAGAUUUGUAAAUUCUUUUCCCAUGCUAAAACUAGUUGACCUCACAUUAGGUGCACAUACAGAGGGGGAAACAUUGGGCCAUUCAAGGGCCUCAAUGGAGGAUAGUGCUAACACUUUGAUCCUUUGUUUGUGUAAGUCCUUCCUAAAAGAGCACCUAAUCAAUGAGAUUGUAAAGAGCUGUGUAUCAAA